AGAAGCAAUGGCCCGCAUGUUAAACUCGGGGGCCCAUAUAGAAAGAUGUGGUUUCUGCGUCUGCGAAUGAGAAAGAGGACGAUAAAGGUGGAACCAAACAAACAAACAAAACGAACGAAGACAGCGAAGGAGCUACGCUGCGAGAUUUAGAAAUUGAAUCCCUAAUUUCGAGGUUCCGACUCCUGUGGAGUGAUCAUAUAGCGAAUUUUGUGUUAGCGAAUCAAUUUGCAGAGUAAGGAAUAAGGAUGGGAAAAAACCAAGCCUACAAAGCUAUGCAGAGAGCCAGGCUCGGCGGCGCCUCCGCCGGCCCCGACGAGGUUGAAGACGGCAUGGUGGAUGGUUCAUUUCAUUCACCAGAAUGGCAUGCAGCUCGUUUGGCUAGCCUUAACACCUCUCACACCAUUACCUGGGAGGAGUACAAAAUGAAGCAAAAGGAAGAAGAAUUGAGAAAAGGGGAAUUGGAAGCAGAUGCAGAUAGGAUGAUGAGAGAGUACAGAGCUCAACUAGAUGCUGAAAGGGCUCGUAAGCUUUCCCAAGGAAGAAAUCACUCUAAUAGUAAGUCUAAACAUGUGAAAGAUAAGAGGGACAAAAUUUCAAAGAAGCACAGCAGCAGAAAGAGAAAGCAUUCAAGAAGAUCUUCUGCAUCUAGCUCCUCUUCGUCAUCCUCAGACUCUUCCAGUAGCGAUGAAGAAGAAAGAGGGUCAAGAAGAUCCAAGUCCAGGUCCAAGAGAUCAAAGAAGGAAAAGAAGUCCAAGUCAAGAAGCAAGGAUGCUGGAAGCGCUAGUGAAGACGAGGGUCCAGUUCGCCUUUCAAGAUUCUUUGGGAACGUCAAGAGUGAAUAGUGCUUGAAUACUUGGUUGUGUAUCAUAAAAAAAUCAUUUUAUGCAAAUAGUAAAUUAUGGCAAGCUUUACUUCUAUGAUCAACGUAUUCUUUCUUUACAGAUUUGUAAUUUUGUAUGUCAUUUUGUAUUCUCUUCUCUUUCAAAAAGAUUAUUUUGUCUUUGAUUAAUAUGUGUGAGAUGGAGGCGCUUUUGGGUUUU